AUGAAUGCUAGACAAAUAGAAAAAAAAGUCAAUGCGAUAGUUGAUGAAAUUCUUAAUGAAGAUCAGGAAAAUGAUUUCGGUGCGAUACGAGAUGAAACUUGUCCAGGAAGUUGCAAGAAAUUAGAUGAUACGCCUAAGAAAUGCAAAUGCGGCGUGGAGACUUCGUUGAGGUUCUCGUUGCGCGUGAUGGAAGCAAUGCGUUUGCUGCAGCGCGACGUGGACCAGCCGUCCACGUCCAGCGCCGAGGAGAUCACCGACUACAUCCGGUCGCAUUAUCGCUACAAUGGCGACCUUUAUGCUCAGGUGCGGACCGCGCUGAGACAGGUCUGUUCUCAAGGAUUUGUCAUGGAAUUAUUGAACAACGAGUAUCACUUGGCCGGCCCCGUUGUUAGACCAAUAAAGCGGAAUGGCUGUUCCUUGGAUUGCAAAGAUCGCAUCAUAGAGUUUGAUGCCGAUGUUUCGGAUAUCCAAGAUUAUCGACAACGUAAUAUCAAGAUGGAGCAACGUGACAAUUAUGCGGAACCGAUUCCCGGACCUUUUAAAAAAAUCUUACGGAUUUCUUCGUCAGAUCCAGCUAGAAAUGUGAAAAAAGCGCGAGUGGAAGAUCAAAGAGUGGAACACGCAGAUGAGAAAGAUGAGACUACGAUGAAAAAGGAGGAUAUGGAUUGCGCUUGUAAUGCCGAAGUUGUCACUCGAGAUAAACUUUCAAGGAUCCGAUCUCCUGAUCGUCCUCGCGUUAUCAGGAACAGACGUCGUCGCAAUGACGCCGAAGAAGAUAUAGAAGAAGGAAUAAAAGAUGGCGAAGAGGACGAAGAUACAGAGGAUAGUAUAUACGAUGAAUUGAGGGUACGAGUUCCUCACAGAAGAACCGCGGCACGCGAGCAAGAACUGAGAAAGUGGAUCCGACGAUGUCGUGAAGAAUGUGAACGACGGGGAGGGCGAUAA